GUACCGAGGCAGACUGGCGUGUGGCUUAUUAUCAUAGCUCAUAUGUUUGUGAAAGUGAGUGAGUCCUAACGCGCAGAAACCCAGACAUAAUCAACUACAGAUUCUGCGAUCUUUGCUAUGACAAAAUGGUCCUUCAACAGUGUUUGGCCUGUAACUCAGUGAAGACAGACUCGUGCACUUCAUGUGCAUGCGGCCACGUGUUUGAGCACUGUAAGCUGAUUGGUGGAAAGAGAUUUUCCGAAUAUCGAAUGGAGCUAUAUUCUCGUUUGGAAAACAGAAGAGUGAAAAGACUCACUCGGGAAAAAAGCAAAGAAACAGAGAAUACUAAACAGACACGACACAAGACCAGGGAAGCGACAGAUCAGACAUCAGCAGCCAUGCAUUUAUCCCUUAAACAAAGAACAAAGACACCCAGCCAAUCUGUUAACCGACGGAUGAAAACCAAACCAUUUCCACGCACAACUGGCUCUACAGCAAGCAAAACGUCCCUUCCCCCAGAAUUAGUGUCCAGGCUUCCUAAUGCCCUUCAGGAAAUCAACAGAAGAUUGACAGGACAGAAUCUGAUAUGGUGGACAGUUCGCUGGCUGCAAUAACCAUUCAAACAUUUCAAGUUACUGAAAAACGACUUUCAAAACUUGAAAUAUUUCACAUUCCCUAUGAGCCUCAGAGUGGAUUACAGUCAACUGAGUCACGAUAUCAAUUCUGAAACUAUUCAAGACUGUACUGAUAUUUCCGUCUUUAGAUGGGCGUCAAAAAGGCGGGGUAUUUUAUUUGAACUGAUUAACAAGUUCGUGUGUCUUUCCGCACGAAUGCAAAGCAUUCCAAAUGAUUGUAGUCGUUGGUUGGGAGUUCAUCCAAGCAAAGGUGACCCGCCUAAAGAUACUGUCCUUUUGUACUUGUAAGAUGCCAGGCAUUCUUUUUCAUUUUAGUACGUCUGUUAUCUGUAAAUAAACAAAGCCAAGAUUAGAGUGCACUUGGAGAAUUGGUGAUUUUAGGGACUAUGUAAAGAAGUUAUUGCAUAAAGCUGUGAGAGAAUCACACACCAUUUCAAAAAAAAAAAAAACACUAAUUUGAUAGUGACGACGAUUACUUUUUUCUUAUUCAUAUUCUACAUGCUGUUAACGAGACUACCAUCGUAUACAUUACGAUACUGCUAUAGGGUAGCAUACGAUAUUUCAGUUACUUUCUCUUUUUGCACAAAAAAUAUUAAAUAUGGUAGUUUUUUUAUAACACAAAGAAACACAACAAACGAAAUGUAAUAACAUUUAACAUAACAGCACCUACGCUACUUUCGAUGCAAUUUUUGCACUAUUUUUAUUUUCGCAAUACCGAUUAUCUUUCACUACUUGCGACAUAAAUGAUAAAACCAGUAAAAAUUAAAAUAUUAACACCAAAAACAAUGGUGUAGCUAGUGUUACUUACGG